AUGCAAAUGGAAUCAUGGCGACAACGAGGAUAUGUCCCCGACUCGGACGAGGAAGAUGGCUUCGAUUCUCUAGAUACGAAGAAGGGUGAUGUCGAGAAUAGCUCUGCUAUCGAAAAUCUCGAAUACAUCGAUAACCCUUCGUCAUCGCCGAAGGAAGGGACGACGAGUAUAACGAAGGAACAACGCGCUGAGAAUGGCUCCGUCACACUCUCAGAUACCGAGAAGGCGGCUCGUUGGGAUACGAAUAGAACAAGUCCUCAUCUGAUGAAUGAUGCGCAUGACGAAACGACACCGAAACAAAGAAGAGGACGCAAGACUUAUGGACUUCGAUCAUCGGCUACAAAAUCAACGAAUCACCACAGCAGCGAGUUGCGUGGUUUGCAUAUCGCCGCAAAGGAUACAGGCAGCAUAUAUGAUUUCCCAUCGUCAUCGCAGGAACAUGACAGGCCUCAAAUAAAGCCCUCGAGCCCCGAGUCUACACCGAAGCCCUUGGAGACCACCUGGCCCUCGCAAUCACAAGUUAUAGUGGAGCCACACAUCUCAAACGCCAACACACAGGAUGGUACCUCAAGCACUAGGAGCUCCUCGCCUGACGAGUUAAUGUUGAUCGCUCAGCCAACUCGAAAGAAUAAGCCUAUGGUCAAUCAUGCCCAGUCAACAGAGCCCCCACCAUUACCACCACCACCCCAGGAGGGCUCAGAAGAUGACUCUCCGUUAUCCUCUGUGCCGUCAUCAUUUUCCUCCCCGUCGGCCAAAAAUUCAACAGAAAUACACACCGAUGUUGUGCUGGAGGCAGAACCAGAAAGACCGGCGGACAGGCAGGCAGAGAUACGGAAUGCAAUGCUCGCUGAGCUAGGCGCCAACCCAGAAGAUGUAUUACCUCAUCUUGAUAUUUCCGAACAGGUGUUGCGAGAAUUGCCGCGUGCUGCGCAAAGAACAUUUCGAAAGCGCAAUGCCAUCCAAAUGCACCCGUACCAUCUAGAACAGCUCAAGUUUGCCCAGCAACUGCAAGCGCGGGGUGUCAAGCCUUUUGGUCGACCCUCACAGCAAAAACAGCAUGUUACCGAUGAAAGUCAAGGGCAAGAUUCAUAUGAUCCUGAUGCACCUCCGUCUAGUCCUCCCCUGGAAGAGUAUCUUCCGCCAGUAAGACAUGAACGGCAUCGUGGCCCUCACUCUGCUGCACAGGGACAGGAACACAACGACGCUGAGCAUCGUCGGCCAUCACAAACUCAUCUAACAAAGCGACAGAAGAUCUCUCAUUCUGGAACUCCUAAGGAACGUCGGAAUUUACACAAACCGUCGAAACCUUGUGGCAUUAGAGACAAAGAUACACCUACUGGAAAUAGAAAUGGUAUCUCCGUAUAUGAGCUAUCCUCUAGCCCCCCACACACAGGCCGUUUAUCUUCAAGCUCAAGAACCCCUCGUGCCUCAGAAGAAGGGUUCCGGUUUCCUCGUGGAUGGUCGCCACCGAGUGAAGUUGCGAAAUCCAGGGCACAGGGAACCGAAGAAGCCAGCGAGGUUCGAUUAAGUGGUGCAGGUACAGGUGAUGAUGAGGAGGACAUACAGUCCAUCUCGUCCAAUAGCCAGAGUGAUCAAGAAGAAACCAAAUCAGAUGCCGAAGAACGUGAAAUUCGACGAUUCCAACGAAUGAUCCGAGGGGCGCUCCCCGCAUCCCAUGCUCGACUGGAUCAGAAGAAAAUGGCAGAUAAAGAAAGAGCUGCGCAAUUAGAUCGCCAUGCCUCUUCGCAACGCCUGGAUGGAAAGGGUGUUGCGCGGAAGCUGAUUCGAAAGGGUGAUCGCUCAAGGCAACCAGCAACACAACAAUCAAGAGGCUUGUUUGACCUUGGAGAUUCGGAGUCGGACGAUGAGGAUAGCAUCAAUGAUGUUACAGGAAAUGCAUCUACAGCCAAUGACUCCAACCAGAGGCUGACUGGCACUCUUGGUCUCGAAGACCCCUUCACGCUGGAAGAGGGUGAUAUCUCGGAGGACAAUCGAAUCGAUUACAUGUUUGCGCCUGUCUCGCGCCACUCAACAGGCCCUCGGCAUAAAGCCAACAGUUUAAAAAGGCCAAAAUCGAAACACAGUCUGCUCAAUGGAGAGAGACAGCCGAAGAGACCCCGACAAACCCGAAUGACCGAUGCUUCCUACGGAGCACGAAGGACCAAGAAGCCAUCAAGUGUUCAGCGGCCAAGAAUAGGGAUAUUGGAUGCACCAGAUGUCGCCACGAAGCCUCGCCAAGAGCAAUCGCGACUGCUCCGGGUAGCGGCAAGACGACCACGCUCACGCAAAGAUGGAGGCAGGCAAAGCCCCACUCAGAAGUUCGUGAAACUGGCAUCAAGGGGGGACACAGUGGAUGCAAAUGAGUCUUUACUAGAUUGGAAAAGAGGACUUAUUCGACAGGCCAAGAUUAGCCCACCUCAUCCCAGAGCUCGUCGACACCGGCAUUGGACGACAAAUCUUUCAAUGCUCAGUGCUCGAGCAAAAUCGAACGCUAAAAAUGGCCGGAUACCGAACCAAUUCCUUGAUACGGAGGCAAACGCUGAUGUUUCGAACACCGACACAGUGGAACAGGAACAGGAACAGGCACAGGCACCACCUGAAUCUGGCGCAAUCCCAGUCCCGUCAAACCAAGCUCCGGCGGCCGAGUCCUCCCGUCGAAAACCUGAGCAGCACGGUCACACAUGGGUUAUUCCUAGAAAUGUUGCCAUAACAUCGUUGAAGAGGAACACCAUUAGACCUGCGGCAACUAGUUUGGCAGGCCCUGGUAAAAACCGAAAAGUGGUUCCCGCCGUAUUCAAUCAGUCAUUGUCUAUCCUUAACCGACACUAUAAAAACCAGCGCACAUCUAAAUCCUACAAGCCCAGUUUAACCUUGGAUCGAUAUGUCUCCGACAAUGGAUCAUUGAGUACCGAAGGAAAUACCUCGCCCAUGAACGCUCCAGCUGCUGCUGUUGCCGUCCUGGCUGAGACACGAACUCAAAGACCGACACGGCAAGCACCUGUGUCUCGACGGCGGUUGAAGAAAAAUCCGCCCAACCGAAUCAACCUCGAUGCCGACGAAUUCCGUCAUAAUCCAGAUCCUGCUACCAUAAUCUCCGAUGAAUCGGAGCCUCCUACCAUAACGCACGUUGGACGCACAGGUUCUUCGUCUUUCGGCGUCGGUGGGCUUUUCAACUGGCAACGCUUCUAUCCGGUCGACUUCGGGGUAUCACCCCUGCGUGACAACACAUUCUUCCAUGAGACCACAUUCAUAGGAAGCGGGGACUUCUCUCGCUCGCUACGAAUCGUAGAGCGGGACUUUGACCGCAAUGCCACUUCAUUCUCCAUCCAGCUCAAAGACGAGACAUUCCAAUGGAGCCGCUGGAACGACAAAGUAUCGUCGGAGAUGGGGCAGGUCUUUGAUGUGAUAAUCAAUAAUGUUGAGCGAAGUGCUGUUACCUCCCCGGAGACAGGCAUUACGGCUGCUCUGGGUGUGGCGUCGAGGUUAUACAGAUUGUUGGUCAAAUACAUCACGGAAAAUCUGGUUUUCAUCGACCCGAUUGAUCGUACGGGGUUUGUCACUAGAGUAAUGGGGCUGGUCUCCCAGGUGAGAGACCCGUUAGCUGCGUUUCUGGCGAGUGAUGAAUACAACAAGAGCGGGCUUGUCAAGAUUGCUUGCUUCAACAUGAUUUUCGCAAACCAGAUCUAUCAGAUUGCUUCCCAUCAGCUCGUCAGUCCUGCCCUUGCGACUGAAGCUUUGGAUCUUGUCCAAAUAUCCGCUAAAGACGUUGCAGGCUUGAUCACGUCCAAAGUCGGCUCUUCUGAGUUUAGAACGAUCUUCAAGGAAAACAGCGAGCCUGAACACCGCGAGUCGGGGAUUCGUGAUGAGUAUCCAUCGGUGGAGGCUUACGUUGUCGUUAGACAUGUUCUGCGCAGCUCAGACAACUACAAGGGCUGCUUUGAAGAUCUGCAGCUUGAAACUUUCAACAAUGAACUUGUUCGCAGUGAGAGGGAUGUGACCAGCCUAGAGGCUGGAUGGCGUGGUAUAUUCACUGUCCUACCCUUCAACGAAAUGAAUGCGCUCGGGAUUGCGCACCCUGGUUAUCAGUUGACAGCUGCGAAUGACAAUUGGAAAUUAGUCAAGCGGCUUCUCGCUCCAGCCCUGGACGAUUUCGAGUCCAACUCUAAGGCACAUCCCAUCUCAUACAAUAGCUACUGUCGAACCCUGUUCCUCCGGUGUCAUCGGCUUAUCAAUAUCUGGGGGUGGAGAGAAUGCAAACCUAUCCUGGACACGCUAUUCGACUUCUUCGCCAAAAACACCCUUCACAAUUUAAAACUCGAGGAAGCUCGUGGCUCACCUUCAUUUCUUGACGAACUCGAUAACAAUCCCUCUCUGGAUGCCCGAGUGGGUGAACCAUGUUUCCACACAUUUCUCAAGAUUGUAGCAAGUGGUCUCCGCUUCUUGGCCAAGAGAUAUGACAAAAAAAAGAUUCGCAACUUCGCCUGGCGUCUGCUACCCAACCACGGCCGUGUAUACCCGAAAGAGCAGCCGUUGCAGCAUGAGGAUCUCGAUGCACUAAGAAAUCACCACGAUCUUCUAAGCACUCUGUACUGGGCUGUUCCCGAUGGGUGUCGCCCUCGACUGGAAACGAUACGCAAUCUGGUCCAUCCUGCCACUUCACAUCGUGAAGCGUGCAGCAUCAAUUUGCGCUCAUGGUCAAGGCUUGUUCGAUUCAAGCUUUCUACCGAUGAAGAUGUCGUGGGGCUAGAUCCAUUCGGAGACUGGUACGGCUAUUUUGUUACGGAGCUGCAGCAACAGCAUUCGUAUGCUCGCAAAGAGAUUGAAGCGCAGAACACAGGUGACAAUCGUGUAUCUCAAAAGCUCGUUGAACGCACAAUCUCCCAGAACCAGCGACAGAUAGAGACUUUGUUGAGCAGUGCGCUCAGUGGCCUGCGAAUCGCUGUUCAAUUAGCUCCGAAACUAGAGCAUGCACACAGGCUUGUUCUGAAAGCUCCCUUCGAGUCUAUCCUUACACUUUUCAACCCCAAGCUCCCGCGCGUGAACGUCGUUGUCUCGGAAGCACUGCAGGUCCUGGUCGCGUACACCCAGAAAGACGCUCCAGCUACAUCCACAUCAAAUGCUUCUGCGGCAGUGAACACGGAUGAGGACAGCCAAGAGUUUGGUGAUUGGGAUGCCAUUCAGGCUGUUUGGGACCAGCAAAGUUCUCCCAGCGAAGUCAUUGAACAUGUAGAGAAGGCUUUCCAUCCGAUUGUCUCUCGUCUCGUUUCGAACUGCUUUGGCGAGGACCACUGUCCAGAGGAUGCGAUCCUCCUCAACGUGAUAGAAUGCUGGACGUCAAUCGCCCAGGUCCUCAUUCGCCAUGGUCUCCGAAAUUGGGACAAUUAUCUGAGCGAGUUCGGCGAUGACUCCUGGACACGGCUUCGACAGACAGUUCAGACAAGAAAGUUUGCGCCGCUGUUCCUUGCGGCAUGCAUUGAAAAGGACGCCCAUAUUGUUUCCGAUUGCCGAAUCCAAGUUAUGAGUAUGUGGAUGUCAUCGCUUGUCGAGCGUUCCUCGAUAAUGAAGUUUCAACAUCGUCUCACGGAGGCGCUUUUGAACGGGAGUCCCACAGAUCCUUUGCUUGCCAAUCUGCCGUUCUCCAAAGAUACGAAGCUCGGCCGAUAUACAAUCACAUUGGAGGAAAUAGGCUCUCGGCGACUAUCUCUCCUCUCGAGCAUAUCGUCCAAUAUGCGUGAGCAGCUCCAGAGCAUGGAACUUUCUGGCAAUCGGAAAUUCUCUGUGACGAAACAAGAGUACUCUGAGAUGCUUCGGCGGGUGAUGACUUCUAUGAAAGACAAUUACCAAGAGCUAGGUAAUGGAACAGUCCAGGCUGCUCAAGGAGAAUACGUCGAGUUCGUGCAACGGGUCAUCGGUUUCCUUCAGCAACAUACCAGCGACAUCAAACCCAUCGACCCCUUUUUCACGGACCCUGCUUCGUUCCCUUUGCCGUCUACCGAUCCACGCUACAUUGUUGCGAAGCUCAAACGCUACGAGUCGAAGCUAUCUUCCAGCAAAGAGAUCCAGACAUUAACCGGGUUCGUCCAGAGCAUUUCGGAGCGCGCCGCCAUUGACGGUCAACAGAGCUACUUGGUUGAUCAGUUGCACACAUCGAUGAAGGAUACCUACGAAGCUGGUGACCACGACAAACCCACUCUACGCGCCGUCCUGUUGCAAUGCGUGUUUCCAGCGUACCUGGAAGCGGCGUUUCCCAACCGUGCCGCAUGGAUCCUCAGCCGUCCUAUCAUCCAAACCAUCACGCUGGAAUUCAAGAACAUGUUGUGUAAUAUAGACACACUGGACGAAGACUGCGUGUCUUCUGUUAUCGAUAUGAUCGAUGUUGUGUGCCGAGCCUCCUGUCAAGCAUUGGGUCUGGUCGCCUAUCCUCGCCAUCGUCUGCGGAGUCCUACAAUUUUACUCAUGCUUGCGGCCUUUCUUGAUAUGGUCUCCUCGGCCAUGCCAGUGGUAGAUUACAUCGAUCGAGCUGCGGGCACAGGGGAGUGUAUUUUUGCACACAUCAAAUGGAUUCGCGAUUUCGCGAAAGCCGUGAGCAAAUGUCUACAAAGCACAGAUUUAGACAUAGAAUCGCCCUCGAGCAAUGCCCACAUCACAUUCCCUGUGGUGCCGCCCUCCGAUAGCAGGAAGACUGAACUAUUCAGAACGGCUCACGGUCUCGCCUCGAAUGACCUCCAGCUCUAUCUCAGAAAAUGGUCGUAUCAUCAAGAUAAGUACUACUUUACUCGUCCGGGUCAUGAGUCGCAGGAGAUAACAAUUGAGUCUGAGGUUGCUGUUCUGGUAUCUAGUCAGGAUGAAGCGCAGAAGGUCUUUGAGACUGCGGCGACGGGAUUCUUUGAUCAUGCAAAGGCUCUGGAAUUGGUGUCUUGA